CCUUACCCUUCGCUGCGAGUACUCUAUAUCCCUCCAGCCUCGUGCUGUUUUCCGUCCUUCACGUCCUCGCCUCUGUCCUUCCUUUGCAACAAUUCCAGCCUCGAUCCUCCGAUCGUCUUUCGUAGCGGCAACUACUUUCUAUCUUUUCAACGACGGCAGUCUCACAGCUCCCACCAAGCAAGCACAAGCAAAGAGACCAGCCAGUCAUGAAGUUCAUCAUCAAUGCGUUCCUCGCUAGCAUCUGCCUCGUCUUCUUCGCUGAUUUCUCCUUUGCGAUGACGUUGUCGCACAAACAUCAACCAAAAACGAAGCAGGCAGCUGUAGCCGUGCCUCCCGACUAUGAGGAAUGGCCAGCGUAA